AUGCACCCCUUCUACUUAUUGUACGAGCGUGUUGCCAGCCCACAGGGUGCUGCAGUUAUUGAUCAUGUCAGUGUCUACAAUCCUGAACAAAUCGACGACACAACUGCCAUCAUCGGACGAAAUGGUGAUAUUGAAGCGGUUUUUGAUAAUCCAAUAUCGUUCCGAGAAAUCCUCUAUGAUUCGCGACUCUCACCCAAACAACAGAAAAUUUGCAUAGCAACAGUAUCAAGUGUAGCGUGUAUCACCGUAAUUAUGUUGAUCUCAUUAUUAGCGGGUUUUGGUAAGGUGCUUUUCGAUAUAACAGCCAGUGAGCAGAGAUCAAAGCAUGGUCUCAAAAUGAUACCCAAUUUACGAGCGAAACCAAUCAACGUUUUAUUCUUCAAUCAGUUUAACAAGACUGCCAACAUCGCCGAAUAUGCUCGUGAAAUUGAUGAAUAUCUUAAUGGUAAGUGA